UUCCCCCAUGAGUUGUAAUGCUCUCUCCCUACCUCGUCUGUUACUUGAGUGUGUGAUGCCCGUUAGCUUUGCAGCCAUGGCUCUUUCGAGGUCUGCAUGCGCCAUCCCCCAGUAUCUGUCUCUUCUCGUCAUCUCCUUCUUAGCACUCCACCAAGCCUCUCCUUCCUACGCAUCCGAUACCAUCUCCCCCAAUCGCUCUCUCUCAGGACGCCAGAAUCUUACCUCAGCAGGGGGCCAAUUCGUGCUUGGCUUCUUCGCUCCAAGUGCCUCUUCCAAGAACUACUAUGUAGGCAUCUGGUACAACAAGAUCUCCCUGCUCACUGCAGUAUGGGUGGCCAACCGAGAGAUCCCAGUCACAGACACAAGCACGUCAGAGCUCAAGAUCUCCGAUGAUGGCAACCUGGUCCUCCUCGAUCAGUCCAAAGGAAUUAUUUGGUCCACCGGUACCAGAAUUCCCUCCAACUCCACGGUGGCUGUGAUCCUUGAUGAUGGGAACCUUCAGCUGAGGGACGAGACCAACUCCUCCCAGGUCUUCUGGCAAAGCUUUGAUCAUCCCAGCGACACUUGGCUCCCCAGAGACAAGCUUGGGUUGAACAAGGCGACCAACCAGCUGCAGCAUCUCACAGCCUGGAAGAACAAAGCUGAUCCUGCUCCUGGGAUCUUCUCCCUCGAGAUCGACCCAAAUGGAACCAGCCAAUACUACAUAAUAUGGAACAUGUCUCAGAUAUACUGGACUAGUGGAGUCUGGAAUGGCCAUAUUUUCAACUUAGUUCCUGAGAUGACCAAAAAUUACAUUUAUGACUUCCAAUUUGUUAACAGUAGCACGGAGACCUAUUUCAACUACACCGUUAAGAAUGACAGCAUCAUCUCCAGGUUCGUAUUAGAUUAUGCUACAGGUCAGAUCCAACAGUUGACGUGGAUGGAGAAUCUGAAAUCAUGGAUGCUCUUCUGGUCUCAGCCAAGACAGCAAUGCUUAGUGUAUGCUAUUUGUGGGCCUUUCGGAAGCUGCAACGACAUCAGCAAGCCAUUUUGCAAGUGCAUCGAAGGUUUCAGUGUGAAGAACCAAACCGAGUGGGAUUUGGGUGAUCAAAGCGGGGGGUGUGAGAGGAAAACUCAGCUGAAUUGCGGUCGAGAUAGCUCGGGCAAUUCUGAGACAGAUGAUGUGUUCUUUCCGUUGUCGAAUAUAAAGCCACCCGACAACUCUCAGAUUCUGGCCACGGUUGGGAGUGAUGAAGAUUGUGAAUUGGCUUGCCUGAACAACUGUUCUUGUACUGCUUAUUCCUACAAUGCUACCGGGUGCUUUGUGUGGCAUGGCGCCUUGCUUAAUCUGCAAGAUCAGUAUGGAUCAGAUGGUAGCACCCUGUACCUUCGUCUGGCUGCCUCAGAGCUGCAGAGUUCCAGAAGCAAGAAGGGAGUCGUAACUUGGAUCAUCGUUGGAGUCGUGGUGGUCGUCGUCGCUUGUUUGGCUAUCAUACAGUGGAGGCGUCGAAGCAGGCGGAUGAUCCGUAAGUCAAAGGCUGUGGGAGGCACUAUGGUGCCUUUCGAUUACAGGGAGCUGCAGCGUGCCACAAACAACUUCUCGCACAAACUUGGGGGAGGAGGCUUCGGAUCGGUCUUCAAAGGAUCGUUGCCUGACUCCACUGUGAUCGCUGUGAAGAAGCUAGAAGGCCUUCACCAAGGAGAGAAGCAAUUCCGAACGGAGGUCAGCACGAUCGGGACAAUUCAGCAUGUUAACCUCGUUCGCCUUCUCGGGUUUUGCUCUGAAGGAUCCAGGAAGUUACUAGUCUACGAGUUCAUGCCAAAAGGAUCUCUCGACACUCAGCUCUUCCAUAGCGAUUCCACAGCUCUGGAUUGGAAAACAAGAUACCAAAUCGCUGUGGGAACUGCGAGAGGAUUAGCUUAUCUCCAUGAGCAAUGCAGAGACUGCAUCAUACAUUGUGACAUCAAGCCAGAGAACAUAGUGCUGGAUGCAUCCUUCGUCCCGAAAGUGGCGGAUUUCGGUCUCGCGAAGCUUGUGGGACGGGACUUCAGCCGAGUUCUGACGACGAUGAGAGGAACCAGAGGCUACCUUGCGCCGGAAUGGAUUACCGGCGUGGCCAUCACCGCGAAAGCUGAUGUAUACAGCUACGGGAUGAUGCUGUUUGAGAUUAUAUCAGGAAGGAGAAACUUAGAGCAAACAGAGGGCGGGAUUGCUGGUUAUUUCCCUAAACUGGUGGCUACCAGGCUCGUCGCGGACGGCGUCGAAAGCUUGUUGGAUCCCAGGCUGGGAGGCGAAGCUAACUUGGAAGAGGUUGAAAGAGCGUGUAAGCUGGCUUGUUGGUGCAUUCAGGAUGGUGAGAGUUGCAGGCCUACAAUGGGGCAGGUGGUUCAAGUUCUGGAGGGCUUUCUUGAUGCUAGCAUGCCUCCUAUUCCAAGGUCGAUAUUACUUGCUGAAACCCCAGAGGACAUUAGGUUCUUCUACGAGUUAUCAUCGAAACAGAGCUCCCAGAGCAGGAGUAAUGCUUCGAGUAGCCCUCAGACCGACAGCACCAAAUCAAACGGUUCUGGCGUCUAAGGAGCUUCGACACAUCUCAUGUUCCUGCAUUCUAUAUAGUUCACAUAACAUGAUUUGCAGGUGAGGAUUGCAUAGGAUAAGUAAUAUGUAUAGCAGUUCAUAUCCUUGUCGUAAUAAAUAAAAUCAUCCUCCUAC